AUGGAUUGGCGCGAAAAACUGUUUGGGAAGGUGCUAGUCAAGUGUGAAUCGGGGACUCAAAAUGGUAAAUUCGAGAAUGUAUCAACAUUAGAAGCUUUGUCUGACUGUGUGGAGGAGGGUGAGGGAGCCGUGUGCGGAAUUUACUUUUCUUUCGCGAAUAUCAGUGAUACAAGUGACGAUUUCGGAGUGCGUUUGGAGGAGGUCUACAAACGUGUGCAUCCUCGAUUGAAGGUCGUGCAGGUGGUGUUGUGGGCUCAUGUUGGCACCCCUGAGGGUCUUGCGGAACGGGAGGCGGGAUUCCGUCGUAGUUUGACCGGCAAACCGUGGUUUGCUGUGCCCUUCCAUGAUGUCGAUACAAAGCGCCGUCUCACUCAGAAGUACAGCAUCGCAGUGGGAGUCCCGACCCUGGUGAUCCGUGGCCGCCACGUGAGGGAUGCUCUGCUGGAUGAUACACUGGGGGAGAAGUUCCCCUGGCCCCCUCCACCACUCACGGAAGUCUUAAGAGGAGUGGAGCUCCAGGGAGACGGGGAGAGUCGCCUCUAUGAACAGCUACCUGCUGAUGCUGUCAGGGUUUUCUAUUUUGCGGCGCAUUGGUGUCCACCAUGCCGGUCGUUCUCCCCGAGCCUGUGCGCGGCUCUGGCAGCAGUACGCAAGCGACGUACAAAGUACGCCAACACGCAACUCAUACUCGUCUCCAGUGACAGGAGCGAACAAUCCUACAACCGUACCGUGCAAUCAGUUUCCUCAGUGGGAGCCCUCUCAGUGCCCUGGUCAGCUACAGAUGCCCGACUGACCAUGCCAGCAGCUCUGGGCGUCGCUGGUAUACCCGCACUUGUCAUCACGGACGCUUCUGGCAAGAUCCUCACUGCUAAUGGAAGACAACAUCUAUCUGCUGAUCCACUUGGCUUUAACUUCCCGUGGGCACAGCGACCAGUCUCAGUGCUGACAGAGCAGGCGUUGUUAAAAAUGGCGCGACACCCCGCUGUAGUACUGUUUAUAGAUGACGAAGACUCAGAAAUAGAAUUCGCGGAAUCCGUGAUCACACCUUCAGCGGAAUCAUACUACGAGGAGUGUAGCAUACAGUUUCCAGGGUUCUGUCCGUACCAGAACUCCUCUGAUGACGAGACCAUGGACUUUGACUAUCCGACAUCCAGACACUCCCGGCUGAAGAAAAAGCCGUUCAAACAUGUUAUGUUCUACAUUGGUAUCGAUGGGACCGAUAGUGCAGACAUGCUAAGGGAGCAUAUAGGUCUCGACGAUGCAGUUCCACUUCUCACGUCCAUAGACUUUCCUAAACAGCGCAUGGUCACCAUGAAGUAUGGUGACGAAAUUACCACAGACUCCGUACAGAAUUUUGUCGAUGCUUACUUGAGCGGGAAUGCUGAUUUCAAGCCUUUGAAGCCGUAUAGUGAAAAGUGUUAG